GUGUGUAGAUGGCCUGCUGUGCUCAAGAAAUCAACUUUCAGGAAGAGACCUGUCAAUACAAAUAGCUAACUAGCUAGCGAGGCAGCUAAUAUGUAAAACAUUUGUUUAAAAGCGGAUAAAGGAUAUUUCUGUCAGUUGAGGGCCUGCCUUUGCCAUGGAGGAGACUGAUAGGGAGGCUGUUGCCACGGCGGUGCAGAGGGUUGCUGGGAUGCUGCAGCGGCCAGACCAGCUGGACAAAGUGGAGCAGUAUCGUCGGAGAGAGGCACGCAAGAAGGCCUCGGUGGAGGCCAGACUGAAGGCAGCCAUCCAGUCGCAGCUGGACGGGGUGCGCACGGGCCUCAGCCAGCUUCACAAUGCCCUGGGCGACGUCAAGGACAUCCAGAGCUCUCUGGCCGACGUCAGCAAAGACUGGAGGCAGAGCAUCAACACCAUUGAGAACCUGAAGGAUGUGAAGGAUGUGGUGGUACAGCACAGCCAACUAGCAUCAGCUGUGGAGAACCUCAAGAACAUCUUCUCAGUGCCAGAGAUCGUGGAGGAGACGCAGGGGCUGAUCGAGCAGGCCGAGCUGCUGCAGGCGCACCGCAAGCUGAUGGACCUGGAGUGCUCGCGCGACGACCUGAUGUACGAGCAGUACCGCAUGGACAGCCAGAACACCCGCGACAUGGGCCUGAUCCGCGGCUACUUCGGCGACGUGCAGCGCCUGUCCGAGGAGCUGGCCAAGCAGCUGUGGAUGGUGCUGCAGCGCUCGAUGGUGACGGUGCGCCGCGACCCCACCAUGCUGGUGUCGGUGGUGCGCGUCAUCGAGCGCGAGGAGAAGAUCGACCGGCGCAUGCUGGACCGCCAGCGGCAGACGGGCUUCAUCCCGCCGGGCCGCCCCAAGGACUGGAAGAGGAAGAUGUUCGAGGUGCUGGAGCGGACGGUGAGCGCGCGCAUCGAGGGCGCCCAGUCCGAGACCCGCGAGGUGGACAAGAUGUGGCUGGUGCGGCUGCUGGAGAUCACGCGGCGGAACGUUCUGGACGACCUGCUGGUGGUGAAGAGCCUGAUGGCGCAGUGCUUCCCCCCGCACUACAACGCCUUCCGGGUCUUCUUCGACCUCUACCACAGCUCCCUCUCGUCCCGCAUCCAGGAGCUGGCCACCGAGGACCUGGAGGCCAACGAGAUCGUCUCCCUGCUCACCUGGGUGCUCAACACGUACACGAGCCCAGAGAUGAUGGGCCACCCCGAGCUCUUCCUGGAGCGUGACAUCAGCCAGCUGGAGCCUCUCCUCCCCAGGGAGGUGGUGGAUGGUCUGCUCAGCAAGUACAUCCAGACCUUCACGUCCAACAUCACCGGCUGGCUCCGCAAGGCUCUGGAGACGGACAAGAAGGACUGGCAGAAGGAGACGGAGCCGGAGGCAGACCAAGACGGCUACUACCAGACCACACUUCCCGCCAUUGUGUUCCAGAUGUUUGAGCAGAAUCUCCAAGUGGCUGCCCAGAUCGACGAAACCUUCAAAGAGCAGGUGCUGCUGCUCUGCCUUAAACAGAUGAACUCAUUCCUAUACAGGUACCGGGAAGAAGCAAUUGCCUACAAAGAAGAUCACUUGAAAGAUCGGAAGCUGCCUCAGUGCUAUGUCCAGUACAUGAUCGGCAUCAUCAACAACUGCCAAACAUUUAAGGUGUCAAUAAACAGUUUGAAGAAGAAGUACUCCAAGAGGGUGGAGCCCACUCAGAACGACGCCGCCAUCGUGAAGACGCUGGAGGAAGUGGCCAAAGAUGGCUGCGCGUUCCUGCUCGAUGAAGUCUUCUUGGAUCUGGAGCAACACCUGAAUGAGCUCCUGACAAGAAAGUGGCUCACCGGAUCCAAUGCAGUGGACACCAUUUGUGUGACGGUUGAGGAUUACUUCAAUGACUUUGCUAAGAUUAAGAAGCCUUACAAUGAGGAGAUGACGAGCAAGGCCCACCGCAGAGUGGUGAUGGAGUACUUAAAGAGCGUGAUGCAGAAGCGCAUCUCCUUCAAAAACGCAGAGGAGCGGAAGGAGGGUGCCGACAGGAUGAUUAAGGAGGCGGAGCAGUUCAAGUUCCUGUUCAGGAAGCUCUCGGCUGGUGACGACACUGACCAUCUGUGUGGCAGCAUAUCAGCCAUCGCUGAGGUGUUCAAACUCGUUGAUCCCACCCUGCUCUACCUGGAAGUGUCCACUCUUGUCUCCAAGUACCCGGAUAUCAGGGAGGAGCACAUCGCCGCCCUGCUGGCCGUGAGAGGGGAUGCCAGUCGGGAAAUGAGGCAGAUGAUCAUCGAGACGCUGAACCAGAACAAGCCGUCCGUCAACACCAACUCCCGGCCCGUGUUCAGGGACGUUGCUGUCCCCGCGUCCAUGACCUCGAUGACUGUGCCAAAACUGCUGAAAUAACAUCUGGAGCAAGACUGCACCCACCAACCUGUGACCGCACGAUGUUGCAGUGUGGUUGAAACUACUUGUUUUCUAUGCACUUUGAAGGGAAAUGAUUCCCGGACCAGUAGCUGAGAUGCGCGUGAAAGCAGCAAUAUAAAAAAUAAGCGGUAUAAGGGAAUGUUGGUUUUUACUUUUUUUUGUACUGAUAGCGUGUUAUCAUUUGAUACUUGAUGUACAGACGACCUAUCUCUACCAGCCUUUUUAUCAGGUGCAAACAGGCCUUAAACCAUACGGUAAACCCCGAGAACCACGGCUUUCAGAGAUGUACAUCUGUGAAAAGAAUGAGUGCUAAAGGAUUGUGUGCUGUUUUUUUGUAAUUUACCAUGUUAACGUGUCAUACUGGAUGUAGAGGACAAUCCAUGCUCGUCCCAGCCUUCAUUUAAGUGUAGUCAGGUCUGAAAUCAUGUAUAAACUCUCCUCUUUGCGAUUUACUGGUCUUUUUCAGAAGGACCACUUGAUUGUAGGUCUGUAAGAGGUCUGUAAGAUUGCCUUAUUAAAACAAUUCAAUCACUUUUGCCAA